AUGUGGUCUCUAGGGGUCACGAUGUUUGAGCUUCUCACUAACAAGUUACCAUUUGGCGAUAACGGAGCCGACAGCAGAGACUUUGUUAGGAUGUGGGACGAGGAUGAACAUUGUUGGAUAGACCCAAUGCCGAAGAGGAAGUGGAAGAAGGUGCGGAACGAUCAUCUUCCAUGGUUCGUCGUUUGGCAGGUUUCAACGACCGCACAGAAAUUCUUGUCCGGGUUUUGGACGGAAUUUGACAAGCGGCCCAGUGCUGUCGAUGCGAUGAAGCAUGAGUGGUUUAAGACUGACUUGGAUCUUCCCUCGACCUAUCUCACAGCUAGCCAUCAGCUGUCAAACCUCACUAAUUACAACAAUAAUCACACUUCAGCUUAUGGUCCCGGGGGUCUCGCACAACGUUCCAUCAACGGCAGAGAUAGCGCUUCACACUUCUCUGGCUUGAAAAGGAUACCGGGAGACACACAGCGCUUCGCGCAAGCCUCAAUAGCAUCGGGCGUUACCAGUACUACACAGCUUCCUGAUUUCUCUGUCAAGUUUGGAGAGGCCCGUCCCGCAUUUCCGGAAGAAGUGAGCCCCUAUCAUACACCAACAGUCAGUCCCUAUCACACACCUGAGAGGAGCAACUCACCUGCUGCCGGUGAAACUUUCCACUCGACUGCAAGCGGCGCACCCUGGCACGAACCCCAAAGCAUGUCCCGAGUUCCCGACGUGGCCAAACCAGGCCAGGAUGAACUUCACAUAUGCCCCUACACCAAGCUUUACGGCAGCGAGGGAAGGCCAUUCAUGAACGACAAGGACUUGACGUGUGACGAGAACGUCGCGUUCCUUUGUCAAUCUGACCUCCUCCGGCACAUGAGCGAGAAACAUGGAAUGACGCCCCUGCCCAGCAAGCUAUUUCCAGACGGCUAUGCGCCCGCCGUCGCUAACACAGCUGGAGGAAAGCAGCAAACUGCGCCUGCGGUGCAGAAACUGCGGUGA